CCCGCGUCAAUAACACUCGUGAAGUGAAGACAAUGAUCCCAACCGAACAAGCAUCAAACACCAACGCUGAAUCGACGAGCGACCAGUCGCUGAAGCUCGCAGUUGCAAUCUCUCUUCUCCGAUCAAAGCGCCUCCAAAGGCAGGCUCCGUUGCCUGAUCCUCCUCUAGAAUCCGACGCCCUCCGUUGGAAGAGAAAGGCUAAGGAGCGGAAACAAGAACUUAUUCGACUCAGAGAAAAUCUCAAGGAAGCUGAAGAUGCUUCGCACUGCGAUUUGUUCCCGCAAAGUGCUUCUUGCAAGUGUUAUUUCUUUGACAAUUUGGGGAAACUAAGCCCUAAGCGAGACGGAGAUGGCUUUGAUCGCAGAUUCAACGACGUUCUUCGCCGGCGAUUCCUCAGACAAGUGCGGUUAAAGGAAAGGAGGAGAACAGAUGCUCCAAAACAACGAUUACGGCUUUCAGAUUUAAGUAUUGAUGCUGAAGUGGAGCAGCUUAGGGCCUCCAUUGAUUUUCUUGUGGAGUUAUGUGACUCUGCUUCUCCUGGGCAAACGGCUAAUUUUGCUAACUGGUCACAUCAAGCUGUAGACUUCAUUUUAGCAUCAUUAAGGAACCUGUUAUCAGCAGGAAAGAACCUUGACUUCACUGAAGACAUUGUCAACAGUUUAAUUAUGCGAUUGGGUAGAAGGAUGUGUUCUCCUUCACAAGGUGAUGAGUCACAGUUUGACACUGAUGCCCAGUUCUAUAUUCAACACCUGAUCCGCAAGCUUGGAAGUGAAUCCUACAUUGGGCAGCGUGCAAUACUUUCAGUUUCUCAAAAAAUUUCCGUUGUAGCAGAGAAUAUGCUCUUCAUGGAUCCAUUUGAUAAUGCUUUUCCAAACAUACAUAGAUGUUUGUAUAUUAUGAUCCAGCUUAUUGAGUUUUUGGUGUCAGAUUACUUGUUAUCUUGGUCAAAGGAUGAAGGCUUUGAUAAUGUGCUGUUUGAAGAGUGGGUGACAUCACUUCUUCACGCCCGAAAAGCAUUAGAACUUCUGGAAAGCAGAAAUGGCCUUUAUGUCAUAUACAUGGAUCGAGUUUUAGGCCAACUGGCUAAACAAGUGGGCCAGGUUUCGUUAUUGCCGAAGCUCAACCAAGAGAUUUUGGAUAACCUAUUCUGCUGACCACAGUGUAUGAAAGCUACACGCUUUUGUUAUUUCCUGUCUACCCACAACUGUUACUAAAGGCAAGUUUAUAGAGAAGCUAAUUGUUGCGCAGACUGGCUUUCUAAGCAUGCUUUAAGUCUGGGUUUGGGAAUGUAGAGCUUCUUAGUAGUGAUAUGAAGGGUGUCUUGUGUAGUUUGGCUGCUAAACCCUAACGAAGAGCUCUAGUUGCAUCUUAGAACUUACAGGGUGAAUGAAUUAUAAUAUUUUUAGAACACUUGAAAAGACUCUUGUUUUCAAAGAUUCCAAACUAAGACGUGAAUCUUGAAAUUUGAAAUUUCAAAGCAUUGAAUGCGAUUGAUUGAAAGAA